AUGGUGUAUGCGGGGCAGCAGGAACCUCGAGUGGAGAUGAGCCCUGGGCCGUGCCCGGUGUGUGGGGCGCUGCCUGCCUCCCUGCUCCUCCUCCUCCUCCUCAGCCCCACAGGCACCUCCAAGCCUGCUCCGCUGCCGUUCCCAGAGCUGCGCCUGGCCAACGGGCCCGGCCGGUGCCAGGGCCGCCUGGAGAUCCUCCACAACGGCUCGUGGGGCACGGUGUGCGACGACGACUGGGACAUCGUGGACGCCAACGUGGUGUGCCGCCAGCUGGGCUGCGGCCACGCCAUCGCCCUGCCGGCGCCCAUGACCUUCGGGCAGGGCAGCGGGCCCAUCUUCUUGGACAACGUGGACUGCAAGGGCCGGGAGACGGCGCUGAGCGAGUGCUGGAGCCACGGCUGGGGCAUCCACAACUGCUACCACUACGAGGACGUGGGCGUCGUGUGUAACGAGCUCUUGCCCACGCCAGCAAGCGAAGGACCAACCAGCAGGACUGCCACGGCCUCGGGGCGCAGUGGGGAAGGUGACGGCAGCAUCCGGCUGGUGAGCGGGGCGGACGCCUGCCAGGGCCGGGUGGAGAUCUUCUACGGCGGGAGCUGGGGCACGGUGUGCGACGACGACUGGGGCCUGAGCGACGCCGGCGUGGUCUGCAAGCAGCUGGGCUGCGGCCGAGCCCUGGAGUCCAAGAGCAACGCCUAUUUCGGCUACGGCACGGGGCGCAUCCUGCUGGACAACGUCAACUGCGAGGGCAGCGAGCCCGUCCUCUCCGCCUGCUACAGCCUCGGCUGGGGCAUCCACAACUGCGGCCACCACGAGGAUGCCGGGGUCAUCUGCACGGGGCUGGACACGUCCACCAUCACGUCCUUCACCACCUCGGUGGCCCUGGACUACCAGGAGACGCUCACUGCCACAGCCACAGCGGUGACAGACGGCCGUGAGCAGCCCACGCCGGUGACCGAGGUGGCCACAACCGCGCUCCUCACGUCCCAGAUGGAAAGUGGCGGCGUGCGGCUGGCGGACGGCAACGGGAGCUGCCGCGGGCGGGUGGAGGUGCGGCACGGCGGCACCUGGGGCACCGUCUGCGACGACGACUGGGACUUCCCCGACGCCCAGGUGGUGUGCCGGCAGCUGGGCUGCGGCCACGCCGUCUCCGCCACCGUCCUCGGCUUCUUCGGCUUCGGCAGCGGGCCCGUGCUGCUGGACAACGUGGGGUGCGGCGGCGGCGAAGCGCGGCUGGCCGACUGCUUCCACCUGGGCUGGGGGCGGCACAACUGCGGGCACCACGAGGACGCCGGGGUCGUCUGCCGAGGUGCUGACGACUCAGGAGACCAUUCCCAAGAAGCCACCGUUACAGCCACCACGCCAGCCCCGACCCACCCGGAGGACGGCUCCCUGCGCCUGGUGAACGGCAGCCACCGGUGCGAGGGGCGCGUGGAGAUGUUCCACCUGUCCCAGUGGGGCACGGUGUGCGACGACGCCUGGGACCUGCGGGACGCCGAGGUGGUGUGCCGGCAGCUGGGCUGCGGGCGCGCCGUGGCGGCGCUGGGGGAAGCGCCCUACGGCCGGGGCGCCGGCUACAUCUUCCUCGACAACCUCAAGUGCAAGGGCAGCGAGCCCUCGCUGCUGCGCUGCUCCCACAUCCGCUGGGACGUCCACAACUGCGACCACUCGGAGGACGCCGGCGCCGUCUGCAGCCUCCUAUGA